AACUCCACGAAGCAAAAAGAAGAAAAAAAAUCUCAAAGAAAACCUCUUUUACAUUUCCCCUCAGGUCAUUUUAUCGCCUCCGCGCCGGUGCUGCUGCCGCCGCCACAAUCCCGUCACCUAGCCUUAACCUGUUAUCAUCCACAUUUUACGCUAACAAUUUCUCCAAAUUUACCUAAGAAAUGAAAUUUCUAGGGUUAGGGUUUUGGGGAACUCGAUGAAAAGAAGAAAAUAAAAGUAACAUGGAAGAUUUAAAGUACUCGGAAUCAAAAUCGGUGUGCGAGACGGUGAACGGGUCGCACCAAUUCACGAUCAAGGGUUAUUCGUUGGCGAAAGGGAUGGGUCCUGGGAAAUGUAUAUCCAGCGAUGUUUUUACCGUCGGAGGUUACGAUUGGGCGAUUUACUUUUAUCCCGACGGUAAAAAUCCGGAGGAUAGUGCGAUGUAUGUUUCGGUUUUCAUUGCGCUGGCUAACGAAGGUACAGAUGUUCGAGCGCUUUUCGAGCUCACCCUUGUUGACCAGAGCGGGAAAGGGAAGCAUAAGAUUCAUAGUCACUUUGAUAGAGCGUUGGAGAGUGGGCCUUAUACGUUGAAGUAUAGAGGAAGCAUGUGGGGAUACAAACGAUUCUUUAGAAGAACAACUUUAGAAAGUUCUGAUUACAUAAAGGACGAUUGUCUAAUCAUGAACUGCACUGUUGGAGUAGCCAGGACUCGCCUUGAGGGGCCAAAACUGUCUUCUAUUCCUGUACCACCAUCAGACAUGGGUCAGAAUCUGAGAGUUUUGCUAGAUUCUGAAAAUGGCUGUGAUAUAGUUUUUAAAGUUGGUGACGAGACGUUUAAAGCACAUAAGUUGAUCCUUGCUGCACGCUCGCCUGUUUUCAAAGCACAGUUUUUUGGGCUUGUUGGGAAUCCUAACUUGGAUGAAGUAAUAGUUAAAGAUUUUGAGCCUUCUAUCUUCAAGGCAAUGCUCUUAUUUAUUUAUACCGACAAGCUUCCUGAUGUACAAGAGAUUACAGACUCAACAUCCAUGUGUUCAUCAACCAACAUGGUGCAGCAUCUUUUGGCUGCUGCUGAUCUGUACAAUUUAGAUAGACUCAAAGUGUUGUGUGAGGCAAAAUUGUGCGAAGAACUAAAUGCUGACACGGUGGCAACGACCCUCGCACUUGCUGAGCAGCACCAUUGUGCACAGCUGAAGGCCAUAUGUUUGAAAUUUGCUGCAACUCCGGUGAACUUGGGAGCGGUAAUGCAAUCGGAAGGGUUCAGGCACUUGGAGGAAUCUUGCCCGUCUUUGUUGUCGGAGCUGUUGAAGGCCUUUGCUUCCAGUGAGGAGAGCUUAAGCCUGCUAUCAAGUCGGAAGAGGAGUGCCAACAGUGUAUAUGGGAUGGAUCAUGCAGCGGAAGGUCCUGUGGCAGAACCCAUGAACCCGAACCCGAAUGCAGGCGAGUUCGGAGACGCUGAUUUGCUAUGGUAUUUGCAGUGUUUCGGGACAUGGGAUUGAAAUAUUGGAAGGAGUGCCUUGUACUGUAUUUACAUGGUUAACAUGAUAAUUAGAACUUGAAAUGGAUUUUUGGUUCUAUGUAAAAAGGGACUAUGUUUUCUUGAGGUUGAAAUGUAUUUACUCCUUGUUUCUGUAAU